AUGGGUUACAACGACGGUGGAGGUUCGCCUCAAGACCUGAUUGCGCAAACAUGGAUUAUGUACAGUAUCGCUAUAGCACUUUUCUUGACGAGAAUAUAUGCUCGAUACGUUCGACUUGGAUUCAAAUGGCAGAUCGAAGACUACCUUAUGGUGCUUGCCGUUGCAUGGUAUACCACCAUGUGUGUGACAAACAUCGCAAUCAUCACAGGUGGAGGUAGCAGUCUCUACCUUCCUGGACAAUAUGAGACUUUCACCGCUGCAGAUAUUGCCGCGCGAGUGAAAGGAUCCAAGAUUGAAUUUGCAUCAGAAAUGUGCAUGUUGAAUACAAUGUAUACUCUUAAAGCUUGCAUGCUUAUAAUUUACUUCCAGCUCACAUCAAACUUAUCACAACAAAAGUGGAUGAAGUUGUCUGCCGGGUAUACAUUCUUAGGAUGGUUGGCCACUGUGCUGGUUCUUUUCUUCAACUGCCAUCCUUUCACUGGAUACUGGACGUUGCCACCGCCGCAAGAAGAGUGCGCAAGCUACUUCCGCUACGAAGUGACCCAAGCCGUUUUCAACGUCUCCUCCGAUCUCACAAUGAUCUGCGUCAUCCUCCCCAUGCUCUUCCGCAUCCGCAUGCCCUGGAAAACCAAACUCCCUCUCCUCUUCAUCUUCUCCAUGGGUCUCGUCGUAGUCAUUUGUGCAUGCACAUCCAAAUAUUUCACCUUCAAGGACAUCUGGGACGACUCCUACCAAUUCUGGUACCUCCGCGAAGCCUCCAUCGCCAUGUACACCACCAACCUCCCCUACGUGUGGUCGCUUGCCCGACAAACGUUCCGCGUCCUUCGGUCCACGGAGAGCGAUACUUCGGGUCGGCUGCCGUAUGCGGGGCCGAGUCAUCUGUCGAAUUUGCAGUCGAAGACGGGAGGGCAGUCGAGGAGGGAUAAGUAUAAUAAUCUGGAUACGGUGAAUGGGAGUGGGGCGCUGGAGAGGACGGAGAGCGAGGAGCAUAUCAUUGAGAUGAAAGGGAUGCAGGGGAUGGAGAUGAGACCUGAUGGGAGUGAGACUGUGAGCUGGGCGCAGAGUGAUGGAGUCGGGAGUGGGAAUGAGGGGUUGAAGGGUGCGAUACAGAAAACUGUGGAGGUUACUGUUAAGAAUGAUGAGAUUUGA